CUCCCUCCCUCGAGGCUCACUCGCGCCCAGCGCGCUGGCUCCUAGCGGCCGCCGGGCCGAGCCGCCCAGCCCCUGCCGGCCGCGCCGGGACCGAUAAAGGAGCUGAGAGUCAGGUGGGGGCGGAAUGGUGCUCAAUGAUUCCAAAGCAUCUUUGAUCUGCCAGACCGAGGGGCCUUUGCUGCUGGCCAUUCUUGGACCAUUCCAGAGAGGACAGCCGGUGUCUUUGGAGUGAAAAAACAGGAUGCCCCCUGGGGUCGACUGCCCCAUGGAAUUCUGGACCAAGGAGGAGAAUCAGAGUGUGGCAGUUGACUUCCUGCUGCCCACGGGGGUCUAUCUGAACUUCCCUGUGUCCCGGAAUGCCAACCUCAGCACCAUCAAGAAGGUGUUGUGGCACCGCGCCCAGUAUGAGCCACUCUUCCACAUGCUCAGCGACCCUGAGGCCUACGUGUUCACCUGCGUCAACCAGACCGCGGAGCAGCAGGAGCUGGAGGACGAGCAGCGGCGACUGUGUGACAUCCAGCCCUUCCUGCCGGUGCUGCGCCUGGUGGCCCGAGAGGGUGACAGGGUGAAGAAGCUUGUCAACUCACAGAUCAGCCUCCUCAUCGGCAAAGGCCUCCACGAGUUCGACUCCUUGCGGGACCCCGAGGUGAAUGACUUUCGCACCAAGAUGCGCCAGUUCUGCGAGGAGGCGGCCGCCCGCCGGCAGCAGCUGGGCUGGGAGGCCUGGCUGCAGUACAGCUUCCCCCUGCAGCUGGAGCCCUCGGCCCGGAGCUGGGGGGCCGGCACCCUGCGGGUCCCCAACCGGGCCCUCCUCGUCAACGUCAAGUUUGAGGGCAGCGAGGAGAGCUUCACCUUCCAGGUGUCCAGCAAGGAUGUGCCCCUGGCACUGAUGGCCUGUGCCCUCCGGAAGAAGGCCACGGUGUUCCGGCAGCCGCUGCUGGAGCGGCCUGAGGACUACACCCUGCAGGUGAACGGGAAGCACGAGUACCUCUACGGCAGCUACCCCCUCUGCCAGUUCCAGUACAUCUGCAGCUGCUUGCACAGCGGGCUGACCCCCCACCUGACCAUGGUGCACUCUUCUUCCAUCCUCGCCAUGCGGGAUGAGCAGAGCAACCCUGCCCCCCAAGUCCAAAAACCGCGCACCAAACCGCCCCCCAUUCCCAUGAAGAAGCCUUCUUCCUUGUCCCUGUGGUCCCUGGAGCAGCCUUUCUGCGUGGAGCUGAUCCAGGGCAGCAAAGUGAAUGCGGAUGAGCGGAUGAAGCUGGUGGUGCAGGCCGGGCUCUUCCAUGGCAACGAGACGCUGUGCAAGACGGUGUCCAGCUCGGAGGUGAGCGUGUGCUCAGAGCCCGUGUGGAAGCAGCGGCUAGAGUUUGACAUCAACGUCUGCGACCUGCCUCGCAUGGCUCGUCUCUGCUUUGCACUUUACGCCGUGAUCGAGAAGGCCAAGAAGGCUCGGUCCACCAAGAAGAAGUCCAAGAAGGCGGACUGCCCCAUCGCCUGGGCCAACCUCAUGCUGUUUGACUACAAGGACCAGCUCAAGACCGGUGAAUGCUGCCUGUACAUGUGGCCUUCCGCACCAGACGAGAAGGGGGAGCUGCUGAACCCCGCGGGAACAGUGCGGAGUAACCCCAACACGGAGAGCGCUGCUGCCCUAGUCAUCUGCCUCCCUGAGGUGUCCCCCUACCCUGUGUACUACCCAGCCCUGGACAAGAUUCUGGAGCUGGGGCGGCACGGGGAGCACGGGCGCUUCAGCGAGGAGGAGCAGCUGCAGCUGCGGGAAAUCCUGGAGCGGCGGGGGUCCGGGGAGCUGUAUGAGCACGAGAAAGACCUGGUGUGGAAGAUGCGGCACGAGGUCCAGGAGCGCUUCCCGGAGGCGCUGGCCCGCCUGCUGCUGGUCACCAAGUGGAACAAGCACGAGGAUGUGGCCCAGAUGCUCUACCUGCUGUGCUCCUGGCCGGACCUGCCCGUCCUGAGCGCCCUGGAGCUGCUGGACUUCAGCUUCCCCGACCGCCACGUGGGCUCCUUCGCCAUCAAGUCUCUGCGGAAACUGACGGACGACGAGCUUUUCCAGUACCUGCUGCAGCUGGUGCAGGUCCUCAAGUACGAGUCCUACCUGGACUGCGAGCUGACCAAGUUCCUGCUGGACCGGGCCCUGUCCAACCGCAAGAUCGGCCACUUCCUUUUCUGGCACCUCCGCUCCGAGAUGCACGUGCCCUCCGUGGCGCUGCGCUUCGGCCUCAUCAUGGAAGCCUACUGCAGGGGCAGCACCCACCACAUGAAGGUGCUGAUGAGGCAGGGCGAGGCGCUGAGCAAACUGAAGGCCCUGAACGACUUUGUCAAGGUGAGCUCCCAGAAGACCACCCGGCCCCAGACCAAGGAGCUGAUGCACCUGUGCAUGCGCCAGGAGACCUACCUGGAGGCCCUCUCCAACCUGCAGUCCCCGCUGGACCCCAGCACCCUGCUGGCCGAAGUCUGCGUGGAACAGUGCACCUUCAUGGACUCCAAGAUGAAGCCCCUGUGGGUCAUGUACAGCAACGAGGAGGCGGGCAGUGACAGCAGCGUGGGCAUCAUCUUUAAGAACGGGGACGACCUCCGCCAGGACAUGCUGACUCUGCAGAUGAUCCAGCUCAUGGACGUCCUGUGGAAGCAGGAGGGAUUGGACCUGAGGAUGACCCCCUAUGGCUGCCUCUCCACGGGGGACCGCACAGGCCUCAUCGAGGUGGUGCUUCACUCAGACACCAUCGCCAACAUCCAGCUGAACAAAAGCAACAUGGCAGCCACGGCUGCCUUCAACAAGGACGCCCUGCUCAACUGGCUCAAGUCCAAGAACCCUGGGGAAGCCUUGGAUCGAGCCAUUGAGGAGUUUACCCUCUCCUGCGCGGGUUACUGUGUGGCCACUUACGUGUUGGGCAUCGGUGAUCGGCACAGUGACAACAUCAUGAUCCGCGAGAAUGGGCAGCUGUUCCACAUUGAUUUUGGCCACUUUCUGGGGAAUUUCAAGACCAAGUUUGGAAUCAACCGUGAGCGCGUCCCAUUCAUCCUCACGUACGACUUUGUGCACGUGAUCCAGCAGGGGAAAACGAAUAACAGUGAGAAAUUUGAAAGGUUCCGUGGCUACUGUGAGCGAGCCUAUACCAUCCUGCGGCGCCACGGGCCUCUGUUCCUUCACCUCUUCGCCCUGAUGCGGGCCGCCGGCCUGCCUGAGCUCAGCUGCUCCAAAGACAUCCAGUAUCUCAAGGACUCUCUGGCCUUGGGAAAGACAGAGGAGGAGGCUCUAAAGCACUUCCGAGUGAAGUUCAACGAAGCCCUCCGGGAGAGCUGGAAGACCAAAGUGAACUGGCUGGCCCACAACGUGUCCAAAGACAACAGGCAGUAGUAGCAAGCUUCUGGAGGCCCCUGGGCCUGGAGGGAGCAGACUGCCGGCCUGGGGAACCAGGCACCCUCAGCCAUCCUCUGGGGCCCCGAGAGCCUGAACCGCACCCCACGGGAAGGAACCUACAUGAUUGCCUUUUGUUUACACUGGUUAUUUAUUUAUGACUUGAAACAUUUCAGGAACUCGACAGCCAUAAACGGAAAUGCAUCCUUCGUGCAGGGGAGGGGCGUCCUCAGUCAGAGCCCCCGGGCUUUGGUGGGAAGACAGAGUCGGGCACUUCAGAGGCCGCGCCUCACUAAGGACUGUAACCCCGAGUCUUCCAGCUGGUGAAUCGGGACCCGGCAGAGACUGCUGUCCCCUCCGGGAAGCCUGCCUUCCUCCCAGGCUCCCGCCGGGCUGCCCGGGGCUUGGCCCCUGGCAGUUACCUGGUGCCCACUUCUCCGUUCACCCCCUCCACCUUCGUGCUCUCCACGGGCUGAGCGCGGGGCAGCUCCCAGAGGGAGUCUGGGUACCCUCUAGAAUCAGGGAUGCUUGCUUUCCACUUUUAAAGUGACUCUUGGGUACGGGAAAUCCUCUCCUCUGCUGUAAAGCGGUUUUGUUUGCGGGUAAGGAAAAAAAAAAAACAAAAAACAAAAAAACACCCCAACUACUUACGGACCCUCUGUGGCUCAGAACAGCCUCCGCCCCCAUAAAGUAUAAUAUAUGCUGGUCCUCAAGACAUUAAAAAGAUCUGAGCUUGA